UGCGUAAUCUCAUUCCCCAGCAGUCGCUUUGCGUCUUGCGCGUAUAGUUGUCGUUGUUAAAGAAUUAUCUCGAGUUUCUUAAAGAGGCUGUGUUGGGCUCAGUCUUGCCACGACUAAGUAAUGAAUUGUCAAGAGAAGGUCUACCAUGGAGGGAGUUCUCUAUAAAUGGACCAACUAUAUUAGCGGCUGGCAGCCUCGUUGGUUUGUUCUCGAGGGAGGCACUCUUUCCUACUAUGACUCUCAAGAAGAUGCAUGGAAAGGAUGCAAGGGCAGCAUCAAAAUAUCUGUGUGUGAAAUACAGGUUCACCCAUCGGAUUUCACAAGGGUUGACCUGAUCAUUCCAGGAGAACAAUACUUUUAUCUCAGGGCAAUUAAUGCAGCAGAGAGACAAAAAUGGCUUGUGGCGUUAGGGACUGCAAAAGCCUGUCUCACAGACAACCGAACCAAGAGAGAGAAGGAGCUCCAGGAAAACACAGAGGCUCUGAAAACAAAAAUGUCUGAGCUAAGGCUUUACUGUGACCUUCUCCUUCAGCAAGUGAACAAAAUACAAGAAAGUUCUCUAGCGGAGACGACAGCUGAUUCAGGGGAGGUAGGGGACGAGACUGGAAAUCUAGUGAAGUCCACAUGCACCACCUUCUUGAAGACCCUGGAGGAGUGUAUGCAGAUUGCUAGCCAGACAUUCAGUCCAGAUCUUCUGAGUCAGACCCCUCCAGGCUCUCCUCCUGUGGCUACCAUCAAACCUCAGAAGAUCAAACUUACUGAUCCAAGAAAUCAGCACCCAGGAGAAAAACAAAAGGACUUAAUAAACACCUCAGGAACAUCAGCACAAGAGAGUGGACCAGAAAACGAACCGCCUCCAUCUCCUCAAGAAAGCAUGCCUACAUCUCCUACAGGAAGUGGUUUAAUGGAGGACCAAGAGGAGUCCAUGGAGCCUCAUAAUGGCUCUUCAUCAAGCACACAGAACCCUGAAGAAUCUGUAGGAGAGGACAUACCGACAAAAGAAGCAGACCUUGCCCAAGAAAAACAACAGGAAGUCUCACUGAGCCCCACACAGAACAAAGAAGAAGAGGUCACUGAAGAAAUCCAGGCUGACCUGGAAGUGAACGAGCCUCAGUCUGAGAAUAGACAGGAAGAGGAAGAUAAGGUGGACACAUUCUUCAGUACCAUGAGCCACAGAUUUAGUGAUAUAAUACUGGAGGACGACAGUGGUAUUCCCACACAGGCCUUUUUGGAUUCUUGCUAUGCUAUAGUACCAGUUUUAGACAAGCUUGGACCAACUGUCUUUGCUCCAGUUAAAAUAGAUUUUGUGGGAAACAUUAAGAAAAUCCAACAGAAGGUGGUGUCCGAUCCUGAGAGUUUCCCCACCCUACAGAGCAUCGUGCUGCAUGAGGUGGAGACGGAGGUGGCACAGGUGCGGAACUCGGCCACAGAAGCACUGCUGUGGCUUAAACGUGGACUCAAGUUCCUCAAAGAAUUCCUUUCUGAAAUCAAUACAGGGAUGAAGGAUGUCCAGGGAGCUCUUAAUAAUGCAUAUGGAAAGACACUGCGGCAAUAUCAUGGAUGGGUUGUUCGAGGUGUCUUUGCGCUGGCUCUACGGGCCGCCCCGUCCUAUGAGGACUUCAUGGCUGCUCUGGUUUCUCAUGAAGGCGAUGAGCUGAAGGAAGGCUUUACGACCGGCAUGCAUCGAGACCUGGAUAUCUACCUGCCAGCUAUGGAGAAGCAGCUGUCCAUCCUGGACGCUGUCUAUGAGGAGUACAGCUUGGAAUCAGACGAGAUCGUGUGACUGACACGCACGCACCCGCACAGAGAACAGAGCCUGCUUCUGACGGAGCUCAUCGGUUUCAGUGGUGAAGUUUCGCCUGCUGUGGUAACCGAACCUGAAGUUAGUGUUGAAGAAGACAGGGAGGUUUCUGUGAAUGCAGGGCUUGCAAAGCCUGAUCAGUAAGAGUGUGUUGGAUAAUGUGGCAUCUGCAGACUCCAGUAUGCCUGUCAGAUGACUGUCAUCCCUGCGCAAUUUAAAUGGCCGCCAUCAAAAUAAUGCUAGCUGAGGGGGGCAGGGUGUGAUUCCAAGUGUUUUCAGGGAACAGCUGUAUUUUUUAGAAACCUUCAGUGCAGUGAUCAAGUGUUUUGUUGACAUUGGUUGUAUGUUUUUUCAUGCACUUUUAGGCACGAGAGUAUAAAUGGCAGAUAAGAUGAAGAUAGUGUUAGUGAAGGUUUACAGUUAAAGGGCAAAACUGCACUUGUGCUUUACUUCUCACUUGAAAUAUUGCAUUACUUUUGUUCAUAUACUCGCAUCUCAUUCGUUUUAGACUAGCACAAAACUAAGAACUUAUUCAGACUUUCGGGGAUUCGGAUAAACAUGCAGUGCGUUCGUAAAACCAAGUACUUAAGUAUACAGAUACUGUGGUGGGCUAUUUUUUGCAGUGACAUAAUCUUAGAUUAAACACAUUCACAACGGCUAUAGUUCGGGACUUGUAGGAUCAACGUGGUGAGAGGGACCAAAGGAGAGUUUCUUUUUCAUAGCUUAGUGGAGAGAUUUCCUACUAUAGAGUACAUGCAGCUGUGGCUCUACAAAAGGAAAGAUGUCAUGAUAUUUCCUCAGUGACUUUAUUUAUUGACUUCUUUAUAUGAAUAUUAAUUCUAACUGUUGAUUUUAUUGUAAGAAUCACACUAUGCUUACUCUCCAAUCAUAUGAAUGAUACAAAUUUUUGCAUGUUGCAUUGCAUGGGUUUUGUUUUUAUAUUUCUAAAUUAAUUAGCACAUGAGGAUGACUGUUCUCUUAGGUUUACAUUUUAUUUUAACUGCAUUCCACAAAGUUUUAAACUAAAAUCUGACAAACCGUUGGCUUUAUAAAUAUGCCUUUCUAACAUUGUAAAUGUCAGAUUUUUCAUGUUGUUCCAAACCUGUAUGACUUUCUACUUCU